CUCUUGCGUGAUUGGUUGAGUAGUAGUCCAGGCCCGGCCCUGUUUCUGAGCCGGGACACGGAGCUGGUAACGGCGAUGCAGACCGCAGCUAAAAAAGGUUUGAAGGCUGCAGUGCAGACUGCUGCUGAGGAGUUCCUGGCCUUUGUGGAUGAAGGGGUGUCCCCUUAUCAUGUUGUGGAGGAAUGCAAGCGACGUCUCCGAUCAGCUGGCUUCAAAGAGCUCAAGGAGACUGACCACUGGGACGUUGAACCUGCCAGCAAGUACUACAUGACAAGGAACUACUCAUCGAUCUUGGCUUUUGCUGUGGGAGCCAAGUACAAACCGGGAAAUGGAUUCAGCAUGAUCGGAGCACACACAGACAGUCCCUGCUUGCGGGUGAAGCUCCGGUCAAAGAAGACACAAGUGGGCUACCUGCAGGUGGGAGUAGAAUGUUAUGGUGGUGGAAUUUGGAAUACCUGGUUUGACCGUGACCUUACAGUGGCUGGCCGUGUUUUAGUGAAGACAGGAUACGGUGUGGAGCAGCGUCUGAUCAAUGUGCGUCGCCCAGUCCUUCGAAUCCCCCACCUGGCUAUCCAUUUGCAGAGAGACAUAAAUGACAGCUUCGGACCCAACAAGGAGACUCAUUUGGUUCCAAUCAUUGCCACAGCUGUACAGGAGCAGCUGGAGAUGGGAGGGAAGAGCAGUGGGAAUGCCAGUGAAGUUACCCAACUGUGUGACAAGCACCAUCCUGUCCUGCUGAAUUUGAUCUGCACAGAGCUGGGAGUGAAUGCAGAAAAUAUCCUUGACUUCGAGCUGUGCCUGGCCGAUACACAGCCCGCGGCCCUGGGUGGUGCUUUGAAGGAAUUUAUAUUUGCUCCACGAUUGGAUAAUCUCCACAGCUGCUACUGUGCCCUUCAGGGCCUGAUAGACUCAUCCAAAGAUGAUGGGACGCUGUCAGAAGACACCAAUAUCCGAAUGAUUACGCUGUUUGACAAUGAAGAGGUAGGUAGUGGCAGUGCUCAGGGUGCGGAGUCCUCCCUUACGGAGUUGGUUCUUCGUCGGCUGUCCAGCAGCACCAGCAACCUGACGGCAUACGAGGAAGCCAUUCCCAAGUCCUUCAUGAUCAGCUCUGACAUGGCCCAUGCUGUGCACCCCAACUACCAAGACAAACAUGAGGAGAAUCUCAGACCAGCUCUGCACAAGGGCCCGGUAAUUAAGUUUAACAGUAACCAGCGCUACGCCUCCACUGCAGUAACGAUGGCAAUCAUUCGAGAGAUUGCCAGUCAAGUGGCAGUCUCACUACAGGAUGUCAUGGUGAGAAAUGACAGCCCCUGCGGGUCUACGAUCGGCCCAAUUCUGGCUUCGGGUCUGGGGCUGAGAGUGGUGGACCUGGGCAGCCCCCAGCUGUCCAUGCACUCCAUCCGGGAGAUGUGUUGCACCUCCAGCAUUCUCCAGAGCAUUACACUGUUCAAGGGAUUCUUCGACUUGUUCCCAUCUGUGAACAACAAGCUGAUCGUUGACUGACGUCAUUCUCUUCCUGUCUCUGGGACUGAAGCCUAACUGUCUGUCAGUGGUCAAUGUCUCCACACUGGACACUCCAACUAAUGUGGGAUAAACCCUUGUGGCCACCAUCCACCUUCCAAAGACAUGCAACAACUCUGAUUCAGCAAGGCCUGCAGAUUGAUCAUAGUUACUGUAUCACAUACAAACUGUUGGAGGAGCACAGCAGGUCAGGCAGCAUCUAUUCAGGGAAAUAAACAGGCAACAGUUUGGGCCGAGACCCUUCAACAGGACUGGAAUGGAAGGGGGGUUGAAAUGGGAAGCUGGGAGGGGAGAGGUGGAAGUGGUAAAGGGCUGGAAAAGAAGAAACUUGUUAGGAGAAGAAAUGAACAUGGAGGAAAGGGAAGGAGGAGGAAACCAGGUGGAGUGAUGGGCAGCAAAGAGAAGGGGAUGGGGUUGAAAUUACCAGAAGUUGGAGAAAUCCAUGUUCAUGUUGUCGGUUUGUAGAGCACCAAGGUGGAAUAAGGUGUUGUUCCUCCAUCCUGAGUGUGGCUUCAUAGUGGCAGUACAUGAGAUUUUGUAUCCGUAAAACUAGAAGACAUGGGAGCAGAAUUGAGCCAUUUAGCCCAUCAAGUCUGCUCCACCAUUCCAUCAUGGCUGAUCCCAGAUCCCACUCAACUCCAUACACCUGUCUAAUUGCCAUAUCCUUUGAUGCCCUGACCAAUCAGGAAACUAUCAACUUCCACCUUAAAGAUACCCAUGGACAUGGUGUUCAUCACAGUUUGUGGCAACAGAGUAUUCCACGGGGUUGCUACUCUGGCUAAAAAUAUUCUUCCCUAUCUCUGUUCUAAAAGAUCGCCCCUCAAUUUUGAGGCUGUGCCCUCCAAUUCUGGAUACUCCACCAUAGGAAACAUCCUCUCCCCAUCUACCCUGUCUAGUCCUUCAGCAUUCGGUAGGUUUCAAUAGACAAUAGGUGCAGAAGUAGACCAUUCGGCCCUUCGAGCCUGCACUGCCAUUUUGAGAUCAUGGCUGAUCAACUACUAUCAAUACCUGGUUCCUGCCUUGUCUCCAUAUCCCUUGAUUCCCCUAUCCAUAAGAUACCUAUCUAGCUCCUUCUUGAAAGCAUCCAGAAAAUUGGCCUCCACUACCUUCCAGGGCAGUGCAUUCCAGACCCCCACAACUCUCUGGGAGAAGAAGUUCUUCCUUAACUCUGUCCUAAAUGACCUACCCCUUAUUCUCAAACCAUGCCGUCUGGUACUGGACUCUCCCAGCAACUGGAACAUAUUUCCUGCCUCUAUCUUGUCCAAUCCCUUAAUAAUCUUAUACGUUUCAAUCAGAUCCCCUCUCAAUCUCCUUAAUUCCAGCAUAUACAAGCCCAGUCUCUCUAACCUCUCUGCGUAAGACAGUCCAGACAUCCCAGGAAUUAACCUUGUGAAUCUACGCUGCACUUCCUCUACAGCCAGGAUGUCCUUCCUUAACCCUGGAGACCAAAACUGUACACAAUACUCCAGGUGUGGUCUCACCAGGGCUCUGUACAAAUGCAAGAGGAUUUCCUUGCUCUUGUACUCAAUUCCCUUUGUAAUAAAGGCCAACAUUCCAUUAGCCUUCUUCACUGCCUGCUGCACUUGCUCAUUCACCUUCAGUGACUGAUGAACAAGGACUCCUAGAUCUCUUUGUAUUUAUCCUUUACCUAACUCUACACCGUUCAGAUAAUAAUCUGCCUUCCUGUUCUUACUCCCAGUGGAUAACCUCACACUUAUUCACAUUAAACACCAUCUGCCAAGUAUCUGCCCAUUUACCCAGCCUAUCCAAGUCACCCUGAAUUCUCCUAACAUCCUCAUCACAUGUCACACUGCCACCCAGCUUAGUAUCAUCAGCAAAUUUGCUGAUGUUAUUUUCAAUGCCUUCAUCCAAAUUGUUGACGUAAAUUGUAAACAGCUGUGGUCCCAAUACCGAGCCCUGUGGCACCCCACUAGUCACCACCUGCCAUUCCGAGAAACACCCAUUCACUGCUACCCUUUGCUUUCUAUCUGCCAACCAGUUUUCUAUCCAUGUCAAUGUCUUCCCCCCGAUGCCCUGAGCUUUGAUUUUACCCACCAAUCUCCUAUGUGGGACCUUAUCAAAUGCCCCUGCAUUCUUCAAAAUUCCAAAGAGUACAGGCCCAAAGCUGCCAAACGCUUCUCGUAUGUCAACUCCUUCAUUUCCAGAAUCAUCUUCGUGAGCCUCCUCUGGACUCUCUCCAAUGACAACACAUCCUGUCUGAGAUAUGGGGCCCAAAACCAUUGUCAGUACUCCAGGUGCGGCCUGACUAGUGCCUUAUAAAGCCUCUGCAUUAUCUCCUUGCUUGUGUAUUCUGUUCCCCUUGAAAUACAUGCCAAAUUGCAUUUGCCGCCUUUACCACAGGCUCAACCUGUAAAUUAAUCUUCUGGGAGUCUUGCACGAGGACUGCUAAGUCCCUCUGCACCUCUGAUGUUUGAAACUUCUCCCAUUUAGGUAAGUCUCUACUAUUGUUCCUUUUACCAAAAAGCAUUAUCAUACAUUUCCCAAUACUAUACCAUGUGCCACUUUUUUGCCCAUUUCUUCCUGCUGCCCCACCAUCUAUCUUCAUAUCAUCUGCAAACUUUGCCACAAAGCCAUCAGUUACAUGGUCCAGAUCAUUGACAAACAAGGUGAAACCCGAGGAACACCGCUGGUCACUGCCAGCCAAACAGAAAAGGCCCUCUUUAUUCCCACUCACUGCCUAUUCCCUGUCAGCCAUUCCUCUAUCCAUGCCAGUAUCUUUCCUGUAACACCAUAGGAUUUUAUCUUGUUAAGCAGCCUCGUGUGGCGUCUUAUCAGAUGCCUUCUGAAAACAUGUAUCGACAUGUUGGGAUUUGAAUUCAAAUGGAAUUACAAUUGGAAGAUCCUGUCUUUUGUGGCAAAUGGAACAAAAUCACUUGAUGAAGCAGUCCCCCAAUCUACAGUGCGUUGGUCUGAAAUGUCGAUUGUUUAUUUCUCUCCAUAGAUACUGCCCAACUUGCUGAGCUCUUCCAGAGGUUUCUGUUUGUUGCCCUGGGUUUCCAACAUCUGCAUUGUUUAUGAUCUGUGGGGAGUGGAGGAAUUACUGAAAUUUCAGGGUCCUUGAUGCAGGGAUGUCAACCCAGAAUGUGAAUAAUUUCUUUCAUCCCAUAAAGCUGCUUCAUCCGUUGAGUUCCUUCAGCAGAUUGUUUGUUGCUUUGAAAAAGCUUCCAAUUUAAUCUCCUCAACUAAUCUCUCAUAACUGCUGCACAUUUUUUUUUAUUUUCAACAUUCUGAGGAUUCAAUGGUUGAGAAAUUUCUCCACACUUCAGUUUCAAAUGGCCAGCCCUUUAUUUUGUAGCUGUCUCCCCUUGUUCGAGUCUCAACAAAACAUUUUUAGACUAUAAGAUGUAGGAGCAGAAUUAGGCCAUUUGGCCCUUCGAGUCUACUCUGCCAUUCCAUUCAGGCUGAUUUAUUAUCCCUCUCAACCUCUAUUUAAAAUGGAGGUUGACAGGUUCUUAAUUUGUAAGGGUGGUAAAGGUUACAGGGAGAAGAAAAGAGAUUCUUCUUUCUCCCCAUAUCCUUUAAACACCCUUACAAAUUAAGAACAUAUCAACCUCCACUUUAAGCAUACCCAAUGGCCUCCACAGCCAUCUGUGGCAAAGAAUGCCAGAUUCACUACCCUCCAGCUAAAGAAAUACCACCUCCAACUCAUCUCUUUUCUAAAGGGAUGUCCUUGAAUUUGGAGUCUGUGCCCUCUGGUCCUAGAUUCUCCCACUAUAGGAAACAUCCUCUCCAUGUCUACUCUGUCUAGGCCUUUCAAUAUUUGAUUGGCUGCAAUGAGAUCCCCAAUCAUUCUUCUAAAUUCCAGCUGGUAUAAGCCCAGAACCAUCAAAUAUUCUUCAUACAUUUUUUAUACAUUCAUACUUUCCAUUCCCAGGAUAAUUUUAGGCAGUAAAAUUUUUGGACAAGUACUGUAGAUGCUGGAACCCAGAACAACAAAGAGUGGAUUGAGGAACAUCUGUGGUGUAGGGGGAGGAAUUUUUGUAUUUUGAGUUGAAACCUCCUAUCAGGACUGAUGCAUUGUUCCAACCUGAAAUAUUGAAAAAUCCUUGUCUUCCUUCAGAUGUCUCUCAACCCACUGAGUAGAUGUUUGUUGCAGCUUUAGGAUUUUUUAUACAUUUUAGUGAGAUAACAGGAUCAUUUUUCUAUUCUCUAGAGAUAAUAAGUCCAGUUGACUCAAUCUCCUUCCACAGGACAAGUCUUACCUCCAAAGAAUCAAUCUGAUGAACCAAAGUUACACUCUCAAUAAUCCUGUUCUUCCUCAGGCAAGGAGACAGAAGUUCCUCUCCAUUCUAGCUGUGAUCUCACCAGAGCUCCAUGCUAUCCUAUUAUGUCAUCUGCAUUUAACAUUGAAGGCCAACAUUGGCCUUCCUGACUCUUCAAUGCACCAGGAGGUAAUUGGUUUUCUGUCUUGUUAGAACAAUGGAUUUGUCUAGGAAUGUCUGGAAGAGUGUGCUAGCUAGAGUCAAAACUGGUGAGGUAAUCUCUCCUCGAUUAGUGAGGCUGCUUCGUGGUUGGAAAUGGGGUUGUUCAGAAUUUAAUGCUGCAUCACUAUGGUCCUCCUGACUGUAGGUGGUGCUGUAUUGCAACUCAGAUCCCAUACCUAAUCGAUCAGUAACCUCUCUGUGGUGGAAAAGUCAACUGUAGUUACAAACCUGGUUUCUAAGUGACACAAAUAAUCUGUGUCCUAAAGAUGAAAAACUAUUUUUAUCUUAAUGUAUUGCUUCUUAAACAAUAACUUUGAAACUCAGUGUUCAAUCCUGAUUGGUUACUGCUUUGAGUUUAUCCAUUCUCUGGGUGUUUCAGUUACCUUGUACAUCCAAUGUUCAGCAGAUUAUUACAUUAAUUGUCCUUACUGUGUAGGGUAAUGUACAUAAUCCACAACCACUGACAUUGAGUUUUGAUUUCACUUUAAGAGGCUGGUUGAAUGUGAUGACGUUUCAGCGCACUUUUGCGUUUAGGUUUUGGAGUUCAGUAAAUGUGUUACAGGUUUCAUUAAAAAUAAAAUGUCUCACUUGAUUUUAUUCAUGAAAACCGA